GCCGGCGGCUUUUUUCCCGUGUGGCUGGCAACGUUUGCGACGGAAUUUCUCCGCUCUGCAGCCGCGGGGUGCAAAGCGAACGGCGGUCUGGGCUCGUCGGCGGCGCAACCAUGAUCCAGGAAUUCUGUUUUCUCUCCAGCUUCGUGGCAGCUAUCGCCACCCAAAGUUUGGUCCAUGAUGGAACACCAUCCUGUCCAACAGCAUCCAUCCAAGGCGGGCACAUCUCUCUCUCCGAUGGAUAUCGUCCAGGAAGUAUCCUCACCUUUGCCUGCCCAGCUGGCACUUACCCAUAUCCCACACCCAGCCGGAUCUGCCAGCCGGAUGGCAAAUGGACUCCAAUGCAGCAUCCUAGUGGAAAGCCAACCAAAGUAGCACGUUGCAGAGAUAUACGCUGCCCAGGGCAGAUGAACUUUGAAAAUGGCUUUUUCAUCCCACGGCGAACUUUCCACCCCAUUGGCGACAUCCUGAGUUUUCAGUGUUCUGAUGGCUACCAGCUCCUCGGCUCAUCCCAGCGAUACUGUCAGCCCAACGGCAUAUGGAAUGGGACCUCCCCUGUUUGUGAUGAUGGAGUCGGACACUGCCUCACCCUUGCUGUGCCCCCGGGGGCGAUUGCUACAGGAAAAGGCAACCGUCUGGGUGAUCGGAUCUCAUUCAAAUGUCAGACUAACUUAGAUUUGAUUGGAUCAUCCCAACGGGUCUGCAUGCUGGACGGCGAAUGGUCUGAUGCGCAGCCAAGUUGUAGAGCCAGUUAUUCUUAUGACCGAGCUGAAGAUGUUAAAGCUGAAUUUGGAGCCUCGUUGACGGAUGUUCUGAGUGAAGUAUCCACCUUCGAGUUGGACCCUUCUGGGACAGUUCAAACUCCAUCUUUAGGCCGAAGAAUUAUACUGACCAAAGAUGGCUUCCUCUACGUUUACUUCCUGUUGGAUGCUUCCCACAGCGUUACAGAACCUAACUUUUCUAUCUUUAAAGAUGCUGUAAGCCAAAUCAUCAUCAGGAUUUCUAGCUUUGAAGUUCCGGUCAAGUUCUCAGUCAUAUCUUAUGCCAGCCAGCCCAAGACAAUUGUCGACAUUGGUGAUGUUGCCGCUGAAGAUGUCGAUAUGGUGCUUGAUGAGAUGGAAAAUAGUAUGAAUUACAAAGAUCAUGGCAAUGCAACGGGAACCAACAUUUACGCGGCCCUUUAUGCGGUUUACGAGAUGAUGAUUAACGAAGAAAAAUUUUCAAAAGAUCAAUGGAGCAAAGUCCGCCAUGCUAUCAUUCUGCUUACAGAUGGAAAAUCCAAUCUUGGAGGUUCUCCCAAAAUGGCAGUGAGCCUCAUAGAAGGUCUGCUGAAUGUGAGAGAAAACCGAAAAGAUUAUCUCGAUAUCUAUGUUUUUGGCAUUGGGAACCUCGACGUUGAGUUGAGUGCCAUGAAUGACAUUGCAUCAAAGAAGCCAGGGGAAAGGCAUGUCUUUGUGAUGGAAAAUCCACAGGAACUCAAGAAUGCUUUUGAAGAUCUGCUGGAUCCUAGAGAUUUGGAGGCCAUUUGUGGUUUGGCAAACUAUUCGGACAGUGCAAGGUGGGAUCAGAAGAACCCUUGGCAUGUGCGUCUCCAAAACACACAUCAUAGGGAUUCUACUUGCCGAGGUGCCUUGAUUUCCAGUACCUGGGUUCUAACAGCGGCUCACUGCUUCAACCACUUGCAAAAUACGUCUAAUUGGAUCGUGGUUCUGGGUGGAGAAAUCAGGCUAAAGAUAAAGACACGGAUUGACCAUGAAUUAUACAACAUUCGAGCUAAGACGGCCCAGGGCAUCAAAGAAUUCUAUGACUACGAUAUCUCCCUCAUUGAAUUGGAGAAACCUGUGACCUUCGGAGGAAGAAUCAGACCCAUCUGCCUCCCUUGCACCGAAGGGGCCAGCAGAGCCCUGAAGAAAAAGCCUGGAACAACAACAUGCAGAGAUCAUGAACUGGAGCUACUGAGUUUUGAGAAGGUGCCUGCCGAAUUCAUCUCCUUGGACCACAAGAGAAUGAAUGUGCAGAUCAAGACCAAAACAAGUCGCCCCACAUGUGUUUCUGCAGCUAUUCAGAAGGGAAUGAUAUAUGCCAAUGUGUCCAGUAUCGAUGAAGUAGUGACUGACAGGUUCCUGUGCAGUGGAGAAGAUAAAUCGUUGGAAGCCUACACUUGCAAAGGUGAAUCUGGGGGAUCGCUCUUCGUGGAAAGGAAAGAAAGACAUUUUCAGGUGGGUGUGAUCAGCUGGGGCACGUACGAUCCAUGUGCGCGGCAGAAUAAAAAUAACAAUGGGGAGAUGAUACGAGAUCGGCCGAUCAAAGACUACAAACCACGAGAUUUCUACAUCAGUCUGUUUCAAGUGCAGGAUUGGUUAAGAAAACAUCUGGGCAACUCCUUGAGAUUCAUUCCCAUGCAACUGCCCUGCAUCGCUGCUGUCAGUACCAAAGCAGCAGCAGCAGCAAAGAAACUGAAAGGCAGACGGGAAAGAGAGGCAGGAAUGCAGAGGGUUCGUCCGCUCCUUUACAUCGCCAUUGUCCUUGGGGCACUUGGCACAGAUGUCGCGGAUGCUGGCUGUGAGGUGACGAAGGCAGACGAAAUUGUAGGAGGCCAAACAGUAGCAUUGCAGAACAACAUGGUGCUUAGGUAUACAUGCCCAGAUGGCCAAUACCCAUACCCUACUGACUUCCGGACAUGCGAAUUGAACAAGUGGAAAACUAUGAAAAAUAUAUAUGAUGUCAACGUCUCCCGGGCCAGGUGCCAAGAUAUUCGUUGCCCCAGAAUUUCAGAAUUUGAAAAUGGUUACUAUGAGCCUCCACAGUCAUAUUACAAUAUAAACGAUAAUAUCACGUUUUCUUGCUAUGGAGGAUACAGCAUGGAGGGGUCUGAAGUCCGCACCUGCCUUCCCAAUGGGAAAUGGAGUGGAAAAACAACCAUUUGUCACGAUGGAACUGGCCAUUGCUCUAACCCCGGGAUUCCAAUUGGUGCUCGAAAAGAAGGAAACCAAUAUCGGAUAGAAUAUCGGGUCCGCUACACUUGUGAGCGUGGUCUCAUCCUUUUUGGAUCCAGUGAACGGAUUUGCCAAGAAUCAGGAAGCUGGAGUGGAUCAGAACCAGAGUGUCGGCAGCCAUAUACUUUUGACACCCCAGAAGAAGUUGCCAACAAUUUCAUCUCAUCUUUGACUGAAACUGCUGAAGCCGCAGAUGCCAGUAGAAAUAUCUCCUCUACACAGAAGCGAAAGAUUGUCAUUAAGAAAGGAGGCACAAUGAACAUCUACUUUCUACUCGAUGCCUCAAAAAGUAUUAAUGAAGAGGAUUUCAACAGUACACAAAAUGCUACAAUCAAGUUGAUUGAGAAGAUCUCCAGCUAUGAUGUCUCCCCCAAUUAUGCCAUCAUCACUUUUGCCACGCAUAGCAAAGAGGUUUUGAACACAAUGCAAGCACAGAGCACUGAUGCAGCCUGGGUGAUUGAGCAACUACAAAAUGUCAAAGUUUCUGAGCAUAAGAUAAAGCCAGGAACCAACAUCAAGAAAGCCUUGACAGCGGUCUAUGAAAUGAUGAUUACUCAGGAAGCUGAUGAGAAGAGACGUGGAUUAAUUCCUCCUCCUGUUUCCAAUUCCACACGCCAUGUGAUCAUCCUCCUGAGUGACGGUCGCUACAACAUGGGCGGGGAUCCACUUCCUGUCAUGAAAAAUAUUAAGGAAUUCCUUAGGAUUAAGACAUUGGGCACCAAUUCUCGCAAUGAAUUCUUAGAUGUUUAUGUCUUUGCUGUUGGAAAUCAAAUCAACAAGGAAAGCAUGAAUGCUUUGGCAUCAAAGAAACCUGGCGAGGAGCACUUCUUCAUAAUGAAGAAACUUGGAGACCUGCAAGAAGCCUUUGAUAAAAUGAUUGAUGAAAGUGAAGCUUUGUCUAUGUGUGGCUUGGCAAGAGAACACAAAGCAGAAGAUCAAAUGAAGAAUCCCUGGAAUACCAAGAUCACCAUCAGGCGUACUGGAGGGACAGGGUUUGACAACUGCAAAGGAACCAUCGUUUCUGAGUAUUUUAUCUUGACAGCAGCUCACUGUUUCACUAUCGACGAUACGGCCGACCAGAUCAGAGUCACAAUUGACAAGAAAGAGUAUCCCGUGGCUGCCGUUCAACUCCACCCACAAUACAACAUCGGAAAGCUAAAAAAUCGCGGAAUCUGUGAAUUCUAUGAUUAUGACGUCGCCCUGAUAAAGCUUGAGAAAAAAGUUGAAUUCAGUUUCUAUGCAAGGCCAAUUUGUUUACCGUGUACACAAGGAACAACCCGAGCUCUGAGGAAAUCCCUUGCAACAACCACAUGCCGAGAUCAUGAGAAUGAGCUGCUACCUGUGGGAAACAUUCGUUCUUUUUUUGUAAGUGACUGCAAGUACAAAAAUCAAGACAACAAUGGGCUAGUUCGCAGACAUGUUCAAGUCAAGAAUAGUGACAAGAAAAUAGCCUGUGAAGAAGAUGCUCGGAAUGCCAAAUUCUACACAAACAUUACCAAUAUCAAAGACGUAGUGACUGAUAACUUUCUCUGCACGGGGGGACAGGACCCUGUGCUGGAUCCCAAUACAUGCAAAGGUGAUUCUGGUGGUCCUCUCAUUAUUCAGAAAAAGUUGCGUUAUAUUCAGGUUGGCGUGAUUAGCUGGGGUGUGGUUGAUGUCUGCGGUCACCAUGGUACAAUAUGUGAGGAACCCGACAAAUCAAAGAAACGUACCUCCUAUUCCAGGGAUUUUCACCUCAACCUCUUCAGAGUCAUUCCAUGGCUCAAACAACAGCUGGCGGACGAGGGACUGGAGUUCAUCUAGACAUAUUCUCUUCCCAACCCCUUCAGAUGCUCUGUGUAAAUAGAAAUAAUUCUCUACAAAACUUGCCAAGUAAAGUCUGUGUUAACAAUGGCUAUCCGAUGUAACUGUAUAGACAAAAAAAAUAAUAAAUGUGAUAUAUGUUG